UAGCCCACACUAUGCAAAAGAAGAAAGUAAAAUAAAAUGCAAUAUGCAAAUGUGAGUGAGGCUACUAAAGGCAAGAGCAAGCAAGCAGCAAACCUGGCCUUGUAGCCCACUUGCUUUUCAUGCAUGCCAAUGUUCCCUUCAUAGGGCCCACUCUCAAUUAUCAAACACGCAUCAUUUUCUAGUAUUUAACAUCAUAGCUAAACAUUUCAUUUCCCCUAGCACUCAAAAAUCUCAUUCUCUACAAACAAAAUAGUCCAUUCUUGUAAGUGUGAGCAAAUCAAAAAUUGAGAUCGAAUCUUGAUGAAUGGGGAAUCAUAGGUUCAAGCUCUCCGACAUGAUGCCCAACGCGUGGUUCUACAAGCUGAGGGACAUGAGCAAAGUCCGAAGCCACAACGCCGCCAAAAAAGCCAUGCAAUCUUCCCGAAAAUCCUUCUACUACGCCUCCGACUCCGCCGCCAAACUCCGGCUUUCGCCCACCAACACCAAAUUCUACGACAGUCGCUUCCCGCACGACCCUCCGAAACCGAAACGAGCGAAACGGAAGACGGUGUACAUGCCGUCUCCCGUGAAAAUCGCCCCCGCCUCUCCGCAAAGGAUGGAGAUGGAGGUGGGCUUCUCGUCGGAAUCCGACCAAUCAAGUGACAUCAUCAUCCACGUCGACGACAACGACAGUAUCACAGAGUUGAGUAUGAUAUCGGAGCCACGGCGCCUCCCUCCCAUCCAGACGAAGCCUGCCCCCAUCAAGCCCAGAAGGAGCUCCACCAGCCCCGGCAGCCGGAAGUCCUUCAAAGUCGGCCGGAAAGGCCGGCGCCGGAGAAAGGCGGAGGAGGAGGAGGAGGAGGAGAGGAAGGCGGGGCGGUUCUACUCCGAGAGCUUUGCUAUUGUUAAAGCCUCUUUCGAUCCGGAGAAGGAUUUCAAGGAAUCGAUGAUGGAAAUGAUCGUUGAGAAUAACAUCAGAGCGGCGAAAGAUUUGGAAGAGCUGCUCGCUUGCUAUCUCUCGCUGAAUUCGAAUCAGUAUCAUGAUACCAUCAUCAAGGUGUUUGAGCAAAUCUGGGCUCAACUCCAUUUUUAGAAAUAUAUAGUAUACUUAUCUAUAUAUUUGGUUGAGUUUACGGUGUAAUAAAUUACUAGCUACAUGUUUGUAACUCAUUAAAUGUAAUUAACUACUGCUCCCUCCGUCCCGGUCCAAUAGUCCAAUUUUAUUUGGGCACGAAAAUUAAGAAACUUGCUUUUUGAGUGUAAAAA